AUGCCUCCUUCCGUUGUUCAAACGAAAACUUGGUUCAGACCUAAAGGUUGGUAUACUGAAAGAGAAGAAAAGAUCCAAGUGAACAGAAUUUUAAGAGACGAUCCAUCCAAAGGUGAUAUGCAUAACCGUGAAGCUAUUGGCCCCAAGCUUCUUUACAAAUGUAUUUCAGAUUACCACUUAUGGCCCAUCUAUUUUGUGAGAUUGCUUUGCGAUAUUAAUGUCUCUCCCGUGAGUAACUACAUGACCCUCACACUUCGUAAGCUUGGUUUCUCUACCUUAAACACAACCUUAUUGGUGAUUCCUAGCUCAUUUAUCAGUAUCGCCACAAUGCUGAUAGUAACAUACGGAUCUGAAUUUUUUAAUCAGAGGGCAUUCGCUCUUCUCUUAACGCCGUUAUGGUGUGUUCCAUUUUUGGCAGUGUUACGGUUUUGGCCCGGUGCUCAAAUAGAGAUCUGGAAGACAUAUGCAGUUCUGAUUUUGGCUCUCUCUCGUCCUGUUGCUUCGGUGCUGACUAUUUCGUGGGCGGCUAGCAAUAGUUCCACAGUCUCUACAAGAACUGUAAGCGCAGCCCUGGUCAAUAUUUUCAGUCAAACAGCUGGUAUCAUUAGUACCCAAAUCUAUAGAGCGGAUGAUGCCCCGAAGUAUCAUAGAGGUAAUCUACAACUGCUACUAAUUGCUAUAGGUGCUAUCGGGAUGUGCUUGGUGGCCAAGGCAUAUUAUGUUAUUCAGAAUAAACGAAGAGACAAGGUAUGGAAUGCUAUGUCCAAGGAAGAACAAACGUAUUACAUCCUAAAUACAAAGGAUAAGGCAAACAACAGACUGGACUUCCGCUUUGUUCAUUAG